AUGGGAACAUUGGUUUAUGAUCCAUGCGAACCCGGCCCAAGGGCGUGUGUCUUUGUUUCCAAAAGGCACCACGCCCUGAAGCUAAGCAGAUUCUGUAGCAGGGACCUUGCGGUGGCCUCGGUUAGGUUAAGGUUGGGAGGUGGGCUGACCGACGUUAUCGUUUGCUCAGCAUACUUCCCCUACGACUCGGCCGAACAUCCGCCUACAGAGGAACUGAGGGCCGUAGUGGAACACUGCCGCAGAGAAGGGCUGGACCUUGUGAUCGGGUGCGACGCUAACUCGCACCACGCAUAUGGGAGCUCAAAUACAAAUAUGAGAGGGACAGCUUUGCUGGAAUACCUCUCGUCGUCGAAUCUGGAGAUCCUCAACAAGGGAUCCAGACCAACCUUCGUCACCUCGAGGAGACAAGAGGUGAUUGACUUAACACUGGGCACCCCCAGGUUGGCUCGGUGGCUGGAGGAGUGGCGAGUGGACGAUGAGGAUUCACUCUCGGAUCACCGCCGCAUCCUCUUCAAGCUCAGGACUGAGACGGCACAGCCCGUUAUCAGGACCUACCGCGACUCAAGGGCCACUGACUGGGCUCUCUACAAGAGGGACCUAGAAGGCAGGCUCUGGGGUAUAAGCGGAGGGCUAAGAACUGAGGGCCUGAUUGAGGAACGGGUGAGCCUACUCUCCUCUUUCGUCACUCAGGCCUUCGAAGCUGCUUGCCCUCUUAGGACACGGGGGGGGGCAGGACUAGAGUGGCAAGGCGGAGCAAGGAGUUGA